AUGCGAAAAAAUCUUACGUGGCACCACCGCCGCCGCCGCCGCCAGUCAAGAAUGGAUCCAACGCAUAUCCCAGGAAAGAAACAGAGCAAAGCUCCUCUGCCGCAGGCUUCGUUGGGGACUGCCCUUCUACACGCCGCCUCCUUCCACGACAAGCCCUGCCCGGGGAGGCGGGCCCUCGUCUGCGGAGUGAGCUACAAGAAGCACGAUCUGAAGCGCAGCGCCCUCGGCGUGAGGAAGAUGCGCGAGCUGCUGCUCUACAAAUUCAGCUUCUCACCUGAAUCCGUGCUCAUUCUGGCGGAGGAGGACUGGUGUCCUCCUCCGACCAGGAGGAACAUUGAGGAGGGCUUCCAGUGGCUGGUGAGGGGGAUCCGCUCUGGGGAUUCCCUCCUCUUCUAUUUCACUGGCCACGGGAAGCAGGAGAAGGCGACCGGCGAUGAGAUCGAUGAAACGAUCUGCCCCGUUGAUUUCGAGGAGAACGGGGUGAUCGCCGAUAACUUCAUCAACUGCGCCAUCGUUGAGCCGCUCGUGACGGGCGUCAAGCUUCAUGCCAUCGUUGAUUCCGGCCACGUUGGAACUAUUCUCGACUUACCCCGCGUUUACGAGGCUAGCAUGAGCUUUGAGAACAAGGUUGAUAACCACAUCAACCACGCCAUCGUUAGGCGCCCAUGCGUCAAACUUCAUACCAUCAAAGCUGGAACUAUUCUCGACUUACCUCGCGGUCCGUUGUUGUCAUCAACUGAAGAUUUCAACAUUAGCAAAGAAUUCCAGCUGUGA